AUGUUUCAGGAAAUGUCUAGCACGAAUAUCUUAAACCCAAUAAUAUGUCCAUCAAUUUUAAAUUCGGAUUUAUCUAAUCUUGCGGAAGACUGCCGGCGAUUGUUGCAUUAUGGUGCUGAUUAUCUUCAUCUUGACGUGAUGGACGGUCAUUUCGUGCCCAAUUUAACAUUCGGACAUCCUGUUAUUGAUUGUCUGCGGCGGAACCUUGGUCCGGAACCAUUUUUUGACGUUCAUAUGAUGGUACUUAAUCCGGAACGAUGGGUGGAACCAAUGAAAAAGGCUGGUGCAAGCCAAUUUGUAUUUCAUUUGGAAGCUAUGGAGUCGGAUAAAAGCUGCCAGAUGCUUAUUGAUAGAAUCAAACAUUUCGGCAUGAAGGUUGGCGUGGCAAUAAAACCUUGUACGCCGAUAGAGAAGAUUGAGACACUUGUUGACAUGGAUAUGGUUCUAGUGAUGACCGUUGAACCUGGAUUCGGAGGCCAAAAGUUUAUGUCAAAUAUGAUGGAGAAAGUUCGGAUUCUUCGGUCUACACAUCCAUUCUUAAAUAUUCAAGUUGAUGGUGGUGUAACUUUGGAUAAUGUAGAAGUUUGCGCAAAAGCUGGUGCUAAUGUAAUUGUAUCAGGGACGGGGAUUCUUAAAGCUCCCAAUCCAGCAACAGCAAUUGCCGAAAUGCGUGAAAAAGUUUCGGCAGCUUUAAAGUAAAGCCGGAAGGGGGAAUGACUUGAAGCGGAAGAUGCCAGUUGGAAAAGUAUCUCAAACUUUUCAUAAAAAUGGCUUCCACUUGUUAGAUUCCAUUCGUUUGUUGUAUUUCUUUUCCAUACAGGUAUUUUUGAAACUGUGCAUAAAUCUCAUAUCGAUUUGUGAUGAAAAUCGUUCGUACUGCUCGUAAUCACUUCCUUCGCUUUUUUAAGGUGUAACUUAGAUGAAGCUAGGCAUCUCUGACAUUAAUAAUUUGCAGAGUACGAUCGGCUAACUAAUGACGUGCCUUCUGUGAAGUCACAGGGUACGAAGUAUAAGGUCUAUUCAUCUUCAAAGUGGCACGUUAGUCAUUUAUGCAGAUAGUUAUUGUGCAGUUCUAACACACAUAUCAAACAUCCUUUCUCUUUGCUCAACUUCGGUAUAUUGUAAAGUUUUUAUAAAAGUUGUGAUGUAUUUGAUUUUUUGUCUGACAAACAAUAAAAAUGAAUUGUUUAUUGUCAUGUUACGUUGAUCACUGAAUAAUUUGAUAUUAAUAUUGUUUGCUCCAGUAUGUAAUAAGUUAAAUUCACUUCAGGAAAUUUAAAAUCUGUGUUAAUGCUUUUUAUGAUCGUCUGAUUAGACGUGUAUUUG